AAGGUUUUUGAAAAUGUAUAAAAUGUAUGUGAGAUACAUUUAGAUUCAAAGGCUGAGAUCAAUUUUGAUAAACACCAAUGGCUCGGAUGAUGAUUUAUUCCCGCCCAAACCCAUGCUCUCUCCCUCUCCCACCUACCCACGUCUCCUCCCCCAUUCCCUCUUUAUCUCUCUCUCUCUCUCUCUCUCUCCCUCUCUAUUCUUAUUUCCUACCCUCCCUCUCCAACUCGACCUCGAUUUCUGCCUCCCUCCUCUCCCCCCUUCUCUCUCAGUGCUCGCUGCGCCCAAGGUAGGGUUCCGAUUGAGAAUCGCGACGGCAGUAGUGGAAGUGCUGGUAUCUCCGACAUCGGCUCAACCCGAAGCCUCAACUGUAACCGCCAGGCGUACUCUUCGGUUUCUCAGAAUCGUGGACGAGUCUCAUUGGCUACACACCAGACCCACUACUCUCGAAUCUGUACGAAGGUCAUAACACUUAUUUUGUGAUUGAUUGGUUUUAUUCAGGUAUGAUGAGCUUUGGAUGCCAUUGAUUUAUGAUCUCACGGUUGGACCAACAUCAACUCAUCAUCCCCCAAUGAUUCUUCCUCCUAUUGAUAUUCAAUGGGUCUGGUUUUGUCACACCUUCAAUCCGGUAGGCUAUUAUUUGAUAUGUUCUAAUUUGAACUCUGUUCGGUUGCCCAGAAAAGUUCACAAUUUGGGCUAAGUUAACUUUUGGGAUUUUGUUUGCUUUUCCUCUGUUUUCCUCUGUUUACUGUGAUUCAAGGUUCUCAAAAAUCAUAGCAAAACCAGCUAUUUUCGAUGAAGAGAAUGAAGAGUAUUUGGAUCUGUAGAUACCCAUCUGAGUCGUUCUUUGUGAUGAAAACACGGUCCCUUGAAUUCGCCAUGGUUGCAACACUGGCAAUUUUAUGGAGCAUUCGAGGGGUGAUUGGGAUCAGAUUUGUGAUAGAUAGGGAGGAAUGUUUCUCGCACAAUGUGGAAUACGAUGGGGACACCAUUCAUUUAUCGUUUGUUGUAAUUAAGUUCGAGGGAUCAUGGCAUUAUGCUCCAGAUGGGGCUGAUCUUGUGGUGAAAGGACCUUCCGGUAAUCAGAUUCAUGAUUUUCGUGACAAGACGAGUGAGAAGUUCGAGUUUGUGGCUCAUCAGAGUGGAAUCCACCGUUUCUGCUUCACUAACAAGUCUCCUUAUCAUGAAACCGUUGAUUUUGAUGUGCAUGAAGCCCACUUCUCAUACCAUGAUCAGCAUGCAAAGGAUGGUGAAGCCAUUUUUCCAUGCUUUUUGUGUACUAUAUAUGUUUCUUGAUCUGGUCAUCAAUUUAUGGGUUUUCGAUAUAAUCAAAGGUAUAAGCUCUAAGCGAUUUUUUUGCUUUUUAUUAUAUCUGUUUCAUUACUCAAAAUUUUAGAAAAUUUAUUUUUUUGGGGUCUAUUACGUAUUGGGUCUUUUGUUGGAUCCUUUGGUAUUUUGUGAGUUGUAAGUUGUCCUAGCAAACAACCAUUGUAAGUUGUCCAACACCCAAUAUAUUGCACAGAUGUAGUAAGCAGAGUACCUGCUACUACAACCAAAUAAAUCAUCGAUUUUGUACACAACUCUACAGUCUCCAACAUAAUUUAUUUUUCCAUGUAAGCAAUUAUUUUUUGUCUAUUCAUAAAUCCUUCCUAUUUAAUGUUGGCAUUCUGUUUUAUAUACCUGCAUAGUUUGUCUGGAAAGCAAUUUAUGGUUUUGGAUCUAUGUCCUUUGCAAAAUGGAUAUUUUGUAAUUAUGCUUUGCCUACAAAUAAGUAUCUCUUAUUUUUAUUAUGCCCCUCUCCUAUACGUAGUUUGAGGGUGAGAGAAUAAUUUCAUGAACAAACGUUCCUUCCAAAUGGCCCUAUGGCAGAGCAGUAGAACCACAACUUUAUACUUCCACGCUGGCAUGCCAUAAGCAAAACACAAAAUGUCCUCUCAAAUGUAUGCUUGCAUUUGUGAAAUUAUGUUCAUAUAGAUCAUGGAAACAAGAAAAUGAACAUGCCAAAAUUUCAUUUGGACUGAAGUGCUCAUCCAAUAAUGUAGUAACUUCUAACUUAUGUCAUGUUGUAAAUUUUGUUAAUUCGAUGUUAAUAUAUUUCUUUUUCAUUUUGAGCAUAGAGCUCUUGCAUCUAAUAAAGUUGUAACUUCUAACUUAUGUUGUGUUGUAAUUAUUUGUUAAUAUAUUUCUGUUUAUAUUUUAAAGUUUUCUUAUGUUUUAGCAGUCAAAAUUGACAGUGUCUGUAUGUGCUAAAUAUGGGUUGUAAGUGGUGGGUUAUAGGCCUUAAUUUGGCCAAGUAAUAUUAGUGGGUAUGUAGUAGAGUUCUGGAGAACUAUUAGUAAUAGAAGUUUGAGUUUUUUUUUUUAUAUUUGAAGUCUCAGUCCUAAAAGAAGUAGGGGAAGUAUUCAUUUAAAUCCAGUACAGUCUUUUAGAGAUUUAAAGGUUUUGUGAUAUGUGAAGCAAUCCAACAUUGGAGGUUGAAGCUGAAGGAAUUUUAAUUAGGAUGCUCUUCUUUUUCUCUUCAAUCCAUAUUCCUAAUACGAAUUUAAUUCAAGUUAAAGUAAGUCUGUUUGGGAGGCAUUAGAUGGUAAUGCGAUGUUUUCCGUUACAUCUCUUGCCUAUACUAAUAUCAGCUGAUACAUGAAUGAAACAAAGCAAUGCCUUCCAUGGGGGAGCAUUACUUUAAGAUAUGCUUGGGUAAUUAUCCUUCAUUCAACUGAUGCAUUUAAAUGCAGUUUUCAAAAUUAAAGAAGG